GAGAGUCACAGAGGGAAGGAGAGAAAGCAGAGGGCCAGCACAGAAGGGUUCUUCCAGCUGAGCAGCGCAGGAAAAGACCAAGGGUAUCUGGACUCGCAUCCCAAAGCCAUGGGUCUAUUGGAGUGCUGUGCCAGAUGUCUCGUGGGAGCCCCCUUUGCCUCCCUGGUAGCCACAGGCUUAUGUUUCUUGGGAGUUGCCCUGUUUUGUGGCUGUGGCCAUGAAGCGCUCACGGGCACUGAGCACCUGAUUGAGACCUACUUCUCCAAAAACUACCAGGACUACGAGUACCUGGUGGAUGUGAUCCACGAUUUCCAGUAUGCCAUUUACGGAGUUGCUGGGUUCUUCUUCCUCUUCGGAGCCCUCCUCCUGGCCGAAGGCUUUUACACCACCGGCGCUGUCAGGCAGAUCUUUGGCGACUACAAGACCACCAUCUGUGGCAAGGGCCUCAGCGCUACGGUAACAGGGGGCCACAAGGGGAGGGGUUCCAGAGGACACCGUCAGGCUCACUCUUGGGACCUGGUGUGUCACUGUCUGGGCAAGUGGCUGGGACAUCCUGACAAGUUUGUGGGCAUCACUUACGUCUUGGCCGUCCUUUGGCUUCUGGUCUUGGCUUGCUCUGCCGUCCCUGUCUAUGUCUACUUCAGCACCUGGACCACCUGCAACUCCAUUGCCAACCCCACCAAGACCUCUGCAAGUAUUGGCAACCUGUGCGCUGAUGCCAGGAUGUAUGGUGUGCUGCCCUGGAACGCGUCUCCGGGAAGAGUCUGCGGCCAAAGUCUCCUCUCCAUCUGCAAGACUGCUGAGUUCCAGAUGACCUUCCACCUCUUCAUCGCGGCGUUUGUGGGUGCCGCAGUUACCCUCGUGGCCCUGCUCACUUUCAUCAUCGCUGCCACCUACAACUUUGCAGUCCUCAAGCUGAUGGGAAGAGGCACAAAGUUCUAAAUGCAGAGAAAGAGAACAGCUACCUUUACCAGAUGCUCUUCCUCCUCUAACUACCAGGCUUUAACCCACAAGGUGGCCCCCCUGCGCCAGACCUCCUCCUUUAACUCCGCCUGACUGCCCCUCCCCUUGUGCCAAUGAAGCAGGGCGUGUCCCGAGGACGGAGGAGGAGAGGCCCUUCUGCCCCGCCGGCCACAGGUCUUCCUUCCUGCUCUCGUCUCUGUAGCACCUGGGCUCCUCCGGAUCACCAGACCAGGGGCUGGUGGGGAGCGAGCUGCCUGCUCCGGAGAAGGUGCGUGGGGCCUGGCCUGGCCAGGCGGCCUGUGCUGCCACGGGG